AUGCAGCUUUCCUUGAGAUUGGGGAUCACCAUAAAUGGAAUCAAGGGUCCUUCUCCGCUAAUGAAUCUACCAGGAUUUGAUCUUGUGGCCGGAGUGAGCGUCGAGUAUAUGCACGCCGUUCUUCAAGGAGCAGCAAAGCAGUUUACAGAACUGCUGCUUUCUUCAUCCAACUCUCAAAAACGGUUCUACAUAGGAGCACCAUCCUGCGUGGCACGGGUCAACAGCCGCCUCCUCCAGAUCAAGCCACCACACUGUGUGACAAGGCUGCCUCGUUCACUCAACGAGCGCAGUUUCUGGAAAGCGUCAGAGUGGAGACUCUGGCUUCUGUUUUAUGCUCUUCCUUGCCUCGUGGACAUUCUGCCUCUGGAGUAUUGGAAACAUCUCUCCAAGCUCUCGCAAGCAAUACACAUCUUGCUACGUGACACCAACACAGCCGACGAGAUCAAGCGUGCAGAAAAUCUGCUGAUCGACUUUGUUGGUCGCUGUGAGGCCUUGUAUGGAGUGGCUUCGCUUACGUUCAACGUGCACCAGCUCCUCCACCUGCCAAACUCCGUGCGUCAGUUGGGACCACUUUGGGCGCAAUCCGCAUUUGUUUUCGAGGGAGGAAACGGAAAGUUGGUGAAGCUGGUCUCUGCAGCUAGAGGACUUCCGGAUCAAAUCAUAGAGCGAGUCGUAAUGACGCAGCAGCUUGAAUGCCUUCUGGCAGAUAGCAACGUGGCAAUCACUGCCAAUGAGCGGAGUGUGUGUGAAAGAUUUCUUGAUUAUUCACACAUCCAGAAUGCCUGCUAUGUUGAUGAAGCAUGCUUGCUAGGACGUGAAAAAGCUGCCAUUCUAACAGCUAUCGAGGAACGUGCGCUAGAGGUCUACGGUGGGACAGGCACAGUUGGCAGCGCUUUGGAAUACCAGCGUUUUGUGUACAAGGGGCAGGUAGACAUCUGUAAGGUGCUGAAACCCGAGGACAUUAAGGCCAACUGCCUUUUCAUGGUGUUUCCGGCUGACAGCAAGUGCUUUGUGUGCGACAUGCCGAACAAAAUUGAGAGGGACUAA